CAAAGGCAGCUGCCUGCUUCUGUCUCCACAACCCAAACUCAGACUGUACUGCAACCACUGCAGCUGCUGCUGUAGUUUACAGACAAGAAGCAUCGGUCUCUCCCCCUCUCUCCACCUCCUUCCCAGCCAUGUGACUGAGCACUCCCUGCAUCGAGUCAAACUUUUUAGUCCCCAGGAGGCUUUGAUUUGCUUUCUGCUGGCUCCACGGCAAGACGCAUCUCUCAAACCUGCAGCCGUGCUGGCCAUGGAGGGAAGCACACAGCAGCUCAUCUGGCUGACCUUCACCUGUGCGUUUUCCUUCUGCUUAGCUGAAGUGGCACUGGGAGUUGAAAUGUCUCCAGAAACCACACCCUUCCACCAUACGGCUACUUCUGCUCAGAUGCUUUCCUUUUACCAUUCUUCAUCUCAUCAAGGCACCACAGUUCAUUUUAAGAGCACAGGCUCUCUUGAAACACCUGUAAGACAUAGAACAACUGUGCAGACAGCAGGCCAGCGCCAGGUAACAGCACCAGGCCAUCACACAACAUCCAAGGCAGGAGCAACCACCGCACAAGUGACCAAGCAGAACUCUGUGCUGAUAUCCACAACACCAGCAGACAACACAACAGCAAAUGGUGAGGAUACCACCCAGGCAAUGGAGACAGUUACACCUACAGUGAAGAACACAACCAUGUACCCCACGUCCUCCAACAUGCAUGCCAGAACACACUCAAGUACAGAAACUGCAGUGGCAGCCACAAACACAACCAUAAACAAUACAACAACUACACAAACAACAGCUGCUGCUGUAACUACUACAGCCAUCUCCAUGCAAACUGUAAAGCCCACCACAGGGUCAGGAAAUCAAACAACAGCACCUAAAAGUCCAACAACCACAGCUAGGACCAACACAACAACCAUUCAUCCUGGGACUCAGACAACCAUCCCAUCGACUACAGUGACAGUGAGACCCACGCUUGCACCACAGCCUUCCUCCAUCCCCACGGGCACAUACUUAAUAUCCAAUGGGACCAGGACCUGCAUCAAAAUGGUUGUGGGUUUGCAACUGAUGGCUCAAGCUACUCAGAAGAAGCAGACGGAGUACAUGGUUGUCAACCCCAACAGAACACGGACAUCUGGAAGCUGUGGGACAACGCAGUCUGAGCUGAUCAUAACUUUCAGUGAAGGAUUUGUAAACUUCACUUUUGUAAAGCAAGCUCCAUCAUACUACGUCAGUAAAAUUGGGACAAGACUGCAGUUAUCCUCAGAAGGUAUGGUUUACUAUGCAGCCAUAGAGGAAAGGCUGUUUACAACAAAGCUGGGGAAUUCCUUUAAGUGUACCAGCAAGCAGAUCUUCAGCUUGGAGAAGAACUUCCAGCUGCUCUUUAUUAAUAUGCAGCUGCAGGCAUUUGAUAUGGUCAGUAACCAGUUUGGAAAAGAAGAAGAAUGUUUUCUCGAUAAAAACAGCAAAGCAGCUCCCAUUGCAGUGGGCCUGAGUAUCCUGGGAUUGUUUGUGAUUGUGUUUGUCACUUUCCUGAUUUCCCGAAGAAAGCCACAAAGAGGAUACCAACGGAUCUGAGGUGCCCUUAAACUUCCACGUGUGUGUAGCAAGUCGAGAAGUUACAGGAGUUUUAGCUUCUACUUGGUAAUCUCAAGGCCCUGAGGCCACCUUCUAAAGUGGGAUGACACCAUGUGUUAAAAGCUAUUCUGUAGUUAUAGAAGGGAUUUCUUUCAACUGGGAAGAAGAGACCUCACACUUUUGGCUAUUCUUAGUAUCUAAUUUAGAUAUAGUCUGGAGGACCAAAGUGUGGAGCCUAAAUUCUUUGUAUUAUCAACAAAGGAGGCAAUUCAGGCCACUUAAGUCAGAUGCCUAAAACUGGCUUAAAGCAAACAAUAUCAGAUCCUCCAGAAUAUCCAUCAAAUUUCUUAAAGAUAGUGUUAGAUUUAUUAAAAUAAUAGUAGGACCCACAAGUAAAUAAACCAGGAGUCCACAGCUAGAUAACCCGGUUAAAUCUGAGCUCAGUGAAAGCCCUGUGGGAACACUGUGUAUGCUGAAGUCUCAGGGCAAGUCUAAGGGUCACUGGCAUUCACGAGUAAGUUCUCACCAGUCCUGUACAGGAUUCUUUUUCUUCUGUUGUUCUUGGUUUUUUACCUACUAAGCUCUUCACAAGGACACAGGAGCAAUAUGUGACUCUCAUUCUGGAGGCAGUAUUUGUAGAACAUGAUCUAGUCUCCAGUGACUGUGUAUGCAAAUAAGAGAUUACCUAACAGAGUCUGCCUGAGCAGUGUGUGCCAAAAUUGUCACUUGUCACUGCCUGUUUCAGCCCUGCUGCUAAAGAUGUCUGAGCUUCUUGCCAAUAGUUCUUGAGCUGCAGCCUCCUAAAGCACAGCACAUUGGAGCGAUCCAGUGUUGCUAAGUUUAUCCUCAAGUCUUGUGCUGCAAACUGCACAACUGAGCAGCUGCUUGACAAACAGCUGAGAUGUCUGUGCAGCAGAACUGGGCAGGCAUCUGGGGACAGAAACUCCACCCAUGUGCCACACCAGGCCAAGCCACCCCACCCCACUUGUCAAUGGGUGAUCAAGGCACAGCAUCCCUUUGGCAAAUGUUAGAUGUGGAGAAAGCUGACAUGAGGGUCUGAAAGCACUGUGACACACGGGCCAAAGCUAAGGGCAGCAGUGCAGUAUAUGGGAAAAUAGAUGAAUUUGCCUGAUAAGUUCAAGUACUUUACUAUGUUGUGAUCUUGUGAGAGCUCAUGAACCACCCACUUCCUAUUGAGGCACAGACCUGUUACUGUAGCCCACUGCUGAACUUAGAAAACUGUCCCUCUACUGAGGUGGCAUCACUGUGAUCUCGUAACCUGGGAAGAUACUACCCUCCCUGAAAAUGCCAGGGAUUAAGUGGGCACAAAGGUGGCAGACCUGCACAAAGCCCAUAACCAAAAGGAAAUCCACUGAUCCUGUAUGUUCCAGGCUUGUUGAGAAAUAAAAGCUUGCACAGGCCUUGGACACUCUCUGCCCAAAAGUGAAUGCUCUCCAGUGAGCUUACAGCUGAGCAGCUGGAUUUUCAUGUGGAAAUGAUUUGGAGUUGCUUUAAAGCACAUUAAUUGCUACACUCCAUAGUCUAUUUCCUGCUAAGCCAGUGAUGAAGGCCGGAAAGUGGUAAUUGGUUUUGAGAUCAAGUUCAGCUAAUAUUGGAACAAGGAAAAUCUCCUUGUCACAAAAGACUGAAAAAGUUGAAGAGAUGCAGAGAUGUGCAUGUACACAUCACACACUGCCUACUGCUGCAAAUGAUAUCAAAAUGAUAGAAAAAUAGAUAUCAAUGCAACUACAAAAGAGAACCCACUUAGAGGUUAUGGUCACAGUAUCACCAAGGUUGGAAAAGACCUCACAGAUCAUCAAGUCCAACCCUUUAGAGGUUAUGGUCAUGGCCUACAUUUUACCACUAAAGUUUUUCCUGCAACAGGAUUGUGGAAGGGCACCCACUAAACAAAAGAAAGACUGAAGUCAUCUGCAAAAUUUCCUUGUUAGUUCCAUCUGGACCUAAAUAAAAUAGAAAUGCUGGGAGAAAAGUUAAUUUCCUUUAAUGAUGACCUAAAUUCCAAGCAACUACUAAUGCUGAUGGAACCUCACUGGAUUUUCACUGGGUAAAACUGAUGAUAAUACCAUGUGAGUUAAAGUAUUUUUUACAUACUUAACUAUUUUUAAAGUAGUUUGGACAUUUUACUAGUAUUUAACCACUGAGAGUUUACUUAGUUGAAUUAAUGAAGACAAUAAAUCCUUCCAUUGCAUGAAUUGCUAGAAGAUGCUGGUCUAUAUCAAGCACUGUAGUGGUUUGGGUGUUGCCCACCCCCCACCCCCCCCCCCCACUGUAGAAAUCACCCAGACUAGACUCAGCCAGCUCUGGAAAUUUGAAUGAAGCUUAUAUUUACAGCUUAGCAGUAUAUACAAGCAGAUAUUUACAGUAUAUACAUUUAUAUACAGAAAUAUAUAAAGUAAAAGGUAAUACAAAACCACAACAGCCCUCCCAAAAACCUGAGUCCCCAGGAGGGGCUCCCAACCACCCUUCCACCUUCUCCCACCCCUCUCAACCUUACCCCAGUCCCAAGGAAGAAUGCAGGUUUGGCCAGGGGAUUAGGAAGCAAUCAGAGAGGCGGCAGAGAGGCUAGAGAGAAGUGCAGCUCAGGCAAUGCCCCAAGAAGAAGAAGUGACUCCCUUAUCUGUGUUUGGAUUCUUGUUCUUAUACCUCUCAGCAAGCCUAUGAGUGAAGUAAACAUCAGCACUGCUUCUCUUUCAUAGCCUGUGAUCUAAUCCUUCUCACCAAAACAUUCUAGCUAGCUUCAGCCUAGCACAAGCACUAUCCCAUAGUUAACGUAGUUGUGGAAUUAAUUAAUGGUCUCCAGAAAUGUCUCCUUUGAGUCUAAAUGAAUAAAUAAUAAGAAAGAGAAAGACUUUUGCACUUGAAGAAACGCACAGCUUAAUGAUCAUUAUCCAGCUUAUUCUCACCCUUCUUCCUUCUUUCCCUGCUUACUGGGAAAUGAGGACAGUGGCAUUGUGCAUUGCCUUAAUAGGAUUCCUUUAGAUCUCAGGCUUAGUUAAUACUAUUAAUGCUCUUUAGAAAGCAGAUUUUUGAUACUCUAUUAAAGCAUCUUCUUUUUAUUUUAUUGCUUUUAAAUCAAGAGAACUGCUGAGAUGUCCAGCAGGAAAGGUAAAUAUAUGGAUGGGCUUCUGUUUGAAAAUGAGCUUAGUGCAACAGCGAUGCUAUUGUCCCAAACCUUAACAUGUGGAUAUUUUGACAACAAACACCACACAUGAUCUGAGCCUAAGCCAUUCUGAGUAGCAAUCUAUAGGCAGCUGUCUUACUCCAAACUGAGUCCUCUUUCACAUGUCCUUUGGACUGCUGAGUUGCAUGAUCUCUACAGUGUGUUAUGUUACUUCUGUUGACAUUGACAGAGCUUUUUUUUGUUGUCAUACUCUGUACUGAAAAAUCUCUUUAUGUUAAUAGGUAGUCUUUUAAAUUUGAUACCAACAUGAGGAAAGAAAACUGUUCUUACUGACUGAUAAUUCUAUGCACCCAGAGAGCUGAAAGAAGAUAUGAUUUAGUAGUGGACUUGGCAGUACUAAGUUAACAGAUGGACUCAAAGACCUUAAAGGUCUUUUCAAACCUAAAUGAUUGAUUCUAUGAUUCUGAGAGAACAGUCUGCUAUGGGAAGGGACAAGGUUGCAGCUGGGUCUCCCAGAGUGACCAGGAACGUUGGUCUCAGCAGCCCCAGCUCACUUGUCCCCCAACUGUGGACUCUGAUGAAGCCAUCCCUGAAAAAGAAGGUAUUGAUCAUGAUGUCAUGAUGCAUCUCAUCAGGGAAGCUAUACUUAACUUGCAUGCAAGAUACAACCAGGUCACUCAUAGAAAUUAGGAGGUGGGCACAUCCUUAUAGCUCCCUGCUGCUCUGCUGCAGUUCUCACCCCAGACCACUCACUAUGCUGUCUCGCACACCCAGCAUAGACACAAGGCUAUCUCAUGAGCCUGAUGAUGCCAUACUCAGCCAAAUCUUAGAUUUAAUUUCAUCCUCUCUGAUGGACAAAAUCCAAAUUAAAAAAUAGAUGUUAAUUCUGGUUGAAAGGGGGAGGGAGAUGUAGAUUUGCAUCCAGCGUGUAUGAAAAUGGUUUGGUUGAUCACUUUCUAGCUUACUAUAAUAUAUGGUUGGUAAAAAAUAAUCUGCUAUGAGAAGUACAAUAUUUUUCUAUCAUUGGUGUUUCUAUAAUAAAGGUUGUAUGUAGUCAUUAAA